GCCGCGCGCCGGAGGUCACCCUCUUGCCCAGGGUCGCUCCCUGCGGGCGGCCGCUGCUGGUGGCGUCCUCGCAGGUCCGGCGGCUCGCGGCCCGCGGGGGCGACGAGCCCGUGCUGGUGGCGUCCUCGCAGGUCCUCGCGGCCGACGCCUCGCCGGUCAUGGGCGACCACUUCUGGCUGGCCCAGUACUCCGGGUCCUUCUGCACUGGCCGCUACCAGGCGUUCGCGCUGCGGUUGGAGUACAUGCUGCAGACCACCAUGCCCGAGGGCAGGACCCCCGAGGUGGUGUGCAGCAGGCUGGAGCGGAACAGCACGGACAGCUCCUACGUCGUGCGCUCGUGCCCAGGCAGCGCGGCAAGCGGGUGCUCGGCCGACUGCGGCAGCUGUGUGCAGGACAUGGUCCGCCACUUCACCCUGGACCGCUGCGCGGCGGGGUGGAAGCUCCACCAGGGCGCCGCUCCGGAGGACUGCGCCGGCGAGCGCAAGGAGUGCGCCGGCCUCAACCAGGUGGACGUGGGGCUGUCCAGGUGGUGCAACCGCUGGCCCGUUGCGGGAGAGACCUCUUCCGCAAAGAGUUCGGAUGAAUUGAGCGGGAGCGCGGCGGCCUGA